AACGAAGUAAUUCCACUUAUUUGAAUGAAUGAAUGAAUAAAUAAAUAAAUAAAUAAAUAAAUAAAUAAAUAAAUAAAUAAAUACUCCAAGGUCUCAGGAUUGACCCCCAUAUUAAAAGAAAUGUUUCUGUCUGGACUCUUUCGUCUUAAAGUCCUGGAUCUGAAAACUUUUUUCCACCGCUGGUUUUUUAAAUCGAGUAUAAAAAAAUAACUGCCAGUGUUGUGGAAAAAGUAAUCUGAGCCGCGUUCACUGCUGCGUGUGUGUGAUUCCCGACCCUCCCAGCGGGCCGUGAAGGCGUCGCGGCGCUCCGCUGCCAUAUUGUUGUUGAGGCUCCGGACUCAAAGUCUCAGUGAGUCUGCUUCAGGACUCAGCGGGUCUCUGCGGGUCUGACAGGGUCUGACAGGGUCUGAGAGGCUCCGAGGGGCUCCACGCGCUUCACCUGCACCCGCAGCAGCCUCAGGUAGCAGUCAGAGAGCGUCACGAGCCGCCAGGUGAGGUGAAGAUGGUGGACCGGCUAGCCAACAGCGAAGCCAACUCCAAGCGGAUCGGCGUGGUGGAGGGCUGCUUCGGCGCGGCGGGCCAGCCGCUCGCCAUCCCCGGCCGCGUGCUGAUCGGCGAGGGCGUCCUCACCAAACUCUGCCGCAAGAAGCCGAAGGCGCGCCAGUUCUUCCUCUUCAACGACAUCCUGGUCUACGGGAACAUCGUGAUCCAGAAGAAGAAGUACAACAAGCAGCACAUCAUCCCGCUGGAGAGCGUCACCAUCGACACGGUGCCCGACGAGGGCGACCUGCGCAACGGCUGGCUCAUCAAGACGCCCACCAAGUCCUUCGCCGUGUACGCCGCCACCGCCACCGAGAAGUCCGAGUGGAUGAACCACAUAGGGAAGUGCGUGGAGGACCUGCUGCAGAAGAGCGGCAAGUCGCCGAGCGGCGAGCACGCCGCCGUCUGGGUGCCCGACUCGGAGGCGACCGUGUGCAUGCGCUGCCAGAAGGUGAAGUUCACGCCCGUCAGCCGCCGCCACCACUGCAGGAAGUGCGGCUUCGUGGUGUGCGGGCCGUGCUCGGAUAAGAAGUACCUGCUGCCCAGCCAGUCGUCCAAACCCGUCCGGGUCUGCGAGUUCUGCUUCGUGCAGCUGACGUCGGGGGGGAUCCGCACGGACUCCAUCAGCCGGCUGGGGUCAAAGUUCAACAACCUGUCGGACGAUGACGACGAAGACGACAGCAGCGACUGAGGAGCGCCGACGCCUCCGCCACCAGGAGGAAUUACUUCUGUUUUUUUUUUUUUCCUUUCUCGUCUCCUCGUCGAGAAUACUUUUUUUUUUUUUUUUUUUUUUGUUACUUUCUUUCUCCUCCGAGGAUUCACUUCAAACCAAAAGAUUUUAUUUUUUCCUCCUAAUUCCAGCAGGAUGAAUAUUUUUAAUAUUCUCCUGAGAGAUUAAACAACGAAAUGUGGAAUUAACCCGAGAGAAAUCUGACUCUUCAUCACUUCACCUUCCUCUUGAUUAGGCUGCAAUUAGUCACUACAGAACAGAACGGUGCUAAUGAGAACCUCCUCUCUCUCUCUCUCUCUCUCUCUCUCUCUCUCUCUCUCUCUCUCUCUCUCUCUCUCUCUCUCUCUCUCUCUCUCUCUCUCUCUCUCUCUCUCUCUCUCUCUCUCUCUCUCUCUCUCUCUCUCUCUCUCUCUCUAGUUGAUUGCAUCUCUCGUUUUUAUUCCUUUAACGUUAUUUCAUGAACUACACAAGGUGAUUGCUUGUAAUUUCUGCAGGGAAAAGCAAAUGAUCGGGGCUGUAAACCUUUUUAAUCUCCUCUCUGUCCUUCAGGUUUUUACACCAAACGGGGCUUUUUUUUGUAACAGAAGUUUGGUAUUUUUCUGCUCGAUUUUUGUAAGAAAAAAAAUGUCAGGAUGCCCUUUUUAUUUUAAUUUUAUUUUUUUUAUAGGAAAUAACAAAGUGUACUCUAAACCCAGAGCUUUUCUAGUCGACCUAAUAAUAGAGUUGCUUCUGACAAAUCAGCGAGGCUUUUCUCCGAGUGUUGGUCACGUAGUGCCUUGUAGAAAAUCAGCAAAAAAAAAACAGUUUGACUCUAAAACACGUUUCACAGGAUGGAGCUGCUGUCUGAUUGUGUGUGUGGUUGGUUGUGUGAGUGAGUGUGUGUGUGUGAGCUGCAAACGGAAGAGAUUACCCGCCAGCCGAUUGACAGGAAGACUUCAAUUUGAACUUUUUUCCUGGAAAGCUUGUUUUCUCUCACAGCUGAAGCUCUCUAACUACGACUAUGUUUGAGUCAGACGUUUGGUUUUCAGGUUGAGCUGCUAAACGGCAUCUUGUUCUACAUUUAAAAACCUGUAAUCUGGAGUUUCCUGCUUGUGUUUUAGACUCCAGAGGAGUUUUAAGAACACGAGCGUCUCUGUGCAGAAUCAUAAUUGCAGCUUUAGUGGAAAACAUCAGUCACGACUGGAGCUGCUGCAACUUUUUAAAGUUUUUUUUAAAUACCAAUGUACCCAAACAUCAGAGAGAAAUCCUCCCAAAUGUAGAACAAGCUGCAGAGAUUCUGACUCAGAAUAUUGUGGCCACAUUUUAACCCUUGUGCCUCAUUUAGGGAUGUUUUUAUUUUUAUUUUUUAAUGUUUUGAUCAUUCUGGGCUAGAAAUUCUGUCAAAAGUGUGAUUUAUUUUUUUUUAUUUUGAAAGUUGAACCGAAGCUCCUAUAAUUUGUUUAUUAUAACCUCCAACAACAGAAUCCUGUGGCCAAAAAUGUCCCAUUAAAACUACAGUUUUUUAAUGGGUUUUUUUCUUGUAAACAAACAUUUAAAGGGUUAAAACGUGUUCAACUCAACUCUGCACAAAAUAUGAAAAAUUCUGAAAACAAUUGUCACAUAUCCCAGACAGACAAUUAAUUAUUUUGUUUCUUUUCUUUCAUAUAAAAAUAGUUGUUGCAUUAUUUUAAGAGGUUAAAAUAAAAAUAAAUAAACAUAAAUUAAUUAAUAUGUGGUAGUUAUGAUCAGGACUGAAGUUGGUUUAAAGAGACAUGGUUAAAUUGGAAAAUAUUAUUAAUAUAUGGUAUUUUUAUAGCAGUUUUGGGAUGAAAUUUUAUUGUUCUCUAAGGAAAUAAAUUGAGUUGUUUUUCUUUUAAAUAAAAAAAUGAAUAAAAAUCUGUUGCAAAUCACAUUUCCAAGACUGAAUAAUUGAUUAAUUCAUUCUUU